AUGAAAAGAGAUAAUAAGAAAAAAAAUAGUAAUAAUAUUAAUCAUUAUAUUAAUUAAGUCAGCGUUGGGUUUAAGAUUCUAAUGUUAAACAUUUUAGAUUUUUUAAAUACUCAAUAAUCAAUUGGAUACUUGAGAUAAUGAAUGAUAGGAAUACUUUAAUGAAGUAACAUUGAAAAUUUAAAUGUGAACAUUAUUAGAUGAACCUAAGAUUAUGAAAGUGUAAUAAAAAUAAGAAGGAAGAACUUAUAAAUUUGUAAAAAUAAUCAAAAUAGUUAUGAUUUGAUUGAAUAAUAAUAAUGACAAUAAUAAUGAUCUAAUUUAGAAUCAAGAGUAAAGAGAUAA